AUAUAAAUUACGCUUUGCAAGUGCCAUCUAUACAUUUGGACAACGUAACCGACAACGCACCUUGAAUAAUCAUACAAGCUAAGCGCAGAUAGCUUGAUGAAGAUGAAGUUACUAGGUUGGAUGCACCGGAAACUAAAACACAACUGCAACGAGGCAGUGAAGAAUAGAACAUCAUUCGACCCAAGUCACCCAACGUACGGCUUCUCGGGAAAUCCCAACACCACCUGCACGUAUCAGAAAGUGAUUAAGGAAACAGAAGAAAAGCCAUUGAACGAGGUGUUCCAUGGGUUUCUGUCAAUCGGAACACUUGGCGGUGGUUCUGAAGAAGCUGCAGCAUUAUUCAAUAGUACAGACGAGCCACCAACUCCGACAUUCCCCACGUCGUUUGAGGAAACAACAACCCAGAUAACAGACCAAGAUUUGAAGCUUAUUACUAUAGAGCUGGAGAAAUUCCUUGAAGCCGAGGAGGAUGCACAGUCAUCAAAGAGGAGCAGUUACGCAAGCAUUAUUACCCUCACCGACAAAACCCAACAAGAUUCUUCUUCUUCUCCCACUCUUCUUCUCGACUGCCCUCUCCAGAAAUAUUUUUUUGGACUUUCAGAGUCAGAUAUGGCAGUAAAGAACGAAGAAGAAGCAUCAUUAUCUGAAGAUCUGCAGGAGGUAGUAGUUGUCAAAGGAAACGACAAGAAACGAGCUGGUAAGGCACAAUUUGCCAAAAACUUCAUGAAGAAGAUGCUCAAAAGCCUCAACUCCAAUUCCAAAUCAAAGACCCAUAUGCAUGCACCAAAUGAAUCUGCACCUCCAACCAAAAACAAAUUCCCAAAGGUUCUAAAGAUGUUGAAGAAAAAAGUUCACCCUGAAAGGUAUAUUGGCGAGAAGGGAGCAGAAAAGGAUGAGAACAGAGUUAAGGGCAGUCGUCUCCGCAGCUCAUCAGACACUACAGGAAACAUUUGGUUUCGUCAAAUGAUCUCCCCAGAGGAGGAGGAGUUAAUAAUGACAACCUCUCAGAGUUGCAGUGGCAGUGGCAGGGGUGGUGCAUUCAUGGAGAAUAACGGCCACUGGAUUAAAACAGACGCCGACUAUCUGGUUUUGGAGCUCUAGACAGAGGAAAGCUGCAAGAAGGGAGAAAUCAAACAUAUCAUGCACGACUCCUUAGUUCUUUCCACGCCUUAUGCAUCCAGAAUUAUAUUAAUCUCUAUUAAUUAUUUCAGUAACUAUAUACAUAUAUAUUUAGCUAGUAGUGUGUAGUGGGUAUGUAGUCGAUGAAGUCUGAAGAAAUAAGAAAGCAGUUUCAGUUUCUUUAAUUUGUGGUACACAAGUAUGGAGUAGUAAUUGGUUGUGAUGUUAAGUAUUUGGAGGAGUGGAGUGUGGUUGAAGUUUGAGUGUAUUGUAAUGGCUCAAAAUAUGAAAUGACAAAUAAAUGUGCGUUUAUGGUC